GCAACAGAGAGGAGAAAAAAAGCUCUCUUUUUUCUCUUUCUCUCCCGCUCGGAGACCUGGUCUCAUGAAUCAUUGGCUUCGUCUUUGCCGAAAUCUAGGGUUUUGAUGCCUCCAAUUUGAUCUUUUUCACCGAUUUUGUCCAAAUUAUUAGUCAAAAUCGCCAUUUAUUGCUGGGGUUUUCUUCAAAUCGGUACUUUUUUUUGACUUUUUUGAGAUCGAGUGGUGGUUUAUCUCCAUUUUUUUUUCCUUUUCUGGAGAUCUUUGGAUCGAUCUACGUUUUGAUUGCUGGGAAGAUCCGGGAGGUUUGGUUGGGUAGAGAUCGAUGUCUUCUUUGGGGACGGGGACGCCGGGAUCUCCGAGCACGAGAGAGAAGGCUAAGCUUGGAUUAAAGAAGAAAUCAGGGGUGAAGACUCGGAAGCCGGUGACUAUUCAGUCUGUGAAGUCUCUUCCGCUUGAUUUCAGGUUCACUAGUGGUUCUCCUGCUGGGAAAGGUGGCGAUCGGAGUGAAUCCGAUCAUCUUGCUGCUGUGGUUGAGGAAGAGGAUGUGGGGAAUAUGGAUUCGCCGUAUAGCUCGAAUUCUGGGUCUUUGGAGGUGGAGACGAAGGUUGGUGGUCCAGAGCUGGAGGUAUUGGUUGAUUUGCCAGCGCGCUCACGACUGCCGGCGAUCUCGUCGUCGAGGAUUGAGUCGAGGUGGAGUGAUACCAGCUCGUACGGUGCCAAAAAGAAGGUUCAAGCUUGGUGCCAGCUUUCGAAUGGUGACUGGGCACUGGGGAAAGUUGAAUCAACAACAGGGACAGAAUCUGUUUUAUCUUUUCCAGAGGGGAAGGUUCUCAAGUUUAACACUGAAAGUCUAUUGCCUGCAAACCCUGAUAUCCUUGAUGGUGUAGAUGAUCUUAUGCAACUUAGCUACUUACAUGAGCCAUCGGUAUUGUACAAUUUGGAGUAUAGAUAUGCCCGUGAUAUGAUUUAUACGAAAGCUGGACCAGUGUUAGUUGCCAUCAAUCCAUUUAAGGAAGUCCUUCUAUAUGGCAAAAAUUAUAUCGAAGGAUAUAGACGCAAAUCUAUGGACAGUCCUCAUGUUUAUGCAAUCGCAGAUACAGCCAUUCGUGAAAUGAUUAGAGAUGAAGUAAAUCAGUCGAUUAUUAUAAGUGGAGAAAGCGGAGCAGGAAAAACAGAAACUGCCAAGAUAGCCAUGCAAUAUUUGGCUGCACUUGGAGGUGGUAGUGGAAUAGAAUAUGAAAUUUUGGAGACUAAUCCGAUCCUUGAAGCUUUUGGCAAUGCGAAGACAUCAAGAAAUGACAAUUCCAGUCGUUUUGGGAAGCUUAUUGAAAUUCAUUUCAGCUCCACUGGAAAAAUUUCUGGGGCCAGUAUUCAAACAUUUCUGCUAGAGAAGUCACGGGUGGUCCAGUGUGCUGUUGGGGAAAGGUCAUAUCAUAUCUUUUAUCAGCUUUGUGCUGGUGCCCCCUCAUCUCUUAGAGAGAAAUUGAAUUUGAAAAAAGCCGUCGAGUAUAAAUAUUUGAAGCAGAGCAACUGCUUUUCAAUUGCUGGAGUUGAUGAUGCUGAAAGAUUUCGUGCUGUUAUGGAAGCUAUGAAUGUGGUUCACAUCAGCCAUGAGGAUCAAGAUAAUGUAUUCGCUAUGCUUGCUGCUGUUCUAUGGUUGGGUAACAUCUCAUUUACUGUGAUCGAUAAUGAAAACCAUGUGGAAGUUGUUGCAGAUGAAGGUGCACAUACUGUUGCGAAACUUAUUGGGUGUGAUAUCUCGGAUCUUAAAGUAGCUUUGGCUACUCGGAAAAUGAAAGUUGGCAAAGAUAUUAUUGUGCAAAAGCUUACUCUAUCUCAGGCGAUUGACACAAGGGAUGCAUUGGCAAAAUCUAUUUAUGCUAGUUUGUUUGAGUGGCUGGUUGACCAGAUCAACAAAUCAUUGGAAGUAGGCAAGCGACGCACAGGCAGAUCGAUCAGCAUUCUUGAUAUUUAUGGCUUUGAAUCCUUUAAUAAGAAUAGCUUUGAACAGUUCUGCAUAAAUUAUGCCAAUGAAAGACUUCAGCAACAUUUUAAUCGCCAUUUAUUUAAGUUAGAACAGGAGGAAUAUAUUCAAGAUGGCAUAGACUGGGCAAAAGUUGAGUUUGAGGACAACCAAGACUGUCUUAACCUUUUUGAGAAGAAACCAUUAGGGUUGUUGUCACUUUUGGAUGAGGAGUCAACUUUUCCAAAUGGUACUGACCUCACAUUUGCAAACAAGCUCAAGCAGCAUCUAAAUGCUAAUACUUGCUUUAGAGGAGAGAGAGGAAAGGCCUUCAGUAUCAGCCAUUAUGCAGGAGAGGUGGUCUAUGAUACUUCCGGUUUUUUGGAGAAGAAUAGGGAUCUUUUACACAUGGAUUCCAUCCAACUGCUGGCUUCUUGUAAAUGCCCCCUUCCUCAGAUGUUUGCAUGCAAAAUGCUUGUACACACUGAAAAUCCAGUGGGUAAUCAGUACAGAUCCAGUGGAGCUGAUUCACAAAAGCUAAGUGUUGCAACAAAGUUUAAGGGACAACUCUUCCAACUAAUGCAAAGGCUAGAAAGUACAACUCCUCACUUCAUAAGAUGCAUCAAGCCUAACAAUUCACAGCUUCCCGCAACUUAUGAACAAGCACUGGUGCUUCAGCAAUUGCGAUGUUGUGGAGUUCUGGAAGUAGUUCGUAUUUCAAGAUCUGGCUUUCCAACAAGGAUGUCUCAUCAAAAGUUUGCCAAAAGGUACGGCUUUCUUCUUCUUGAGAAUGUUGCUUCUCAAGACCCACUGAGUGUUUCUGUGGCAAUUCUUCACCAGUUUAAUAUUCUUCCUGAGAUGUAUCAAGUUGGCUACACAAAAUUGUUUUUCCGAACCGGACAGAUUGGUUCACUUGAAGAUACAAGAAACCGUACCCUUCAUGGCAUUUUAAGGGUUCAGAGUUGCUUCAGAGGUCACAAAUCUCGCUGUUAUGCUAAGGAACGCAGGAAAGCAAUUGUGACAUUGCAAGCAUUCAUUCGUGGUGAGAAGACAAGGCGCUUAUACUCUGCCAUGGUAGAGAAACACAGAGCUGCUGCUGUCUUACAGCGACAUAUAAAAUGCCAAAUUGCUAGGAGAAAGUUUGUGGAUGUUCGCAAUGCUUCUGUGGUAAUCCAGUCAGUUAUUCGUGGAUUCCUUGUUAGGAAGUGCUCUGGAGAUGUUGAUUUGCUUAACUCUACCAUGAAGCUUGAAGGCACAAAGGGAGAUCAAGUGGUUGUCAAAGCAUCUGUUCUUGCUGAGCUACAGAGGAGAAUCCUGAAGGCUGAGGCUGCUCUCCGAGAGAAGGAAGAGGAGAAUGAUAUACUCCAUCAGAGGCUCCAGCAGUACGAAAACCGGUGGUCAGAAUACGAACAAAAAAUGCGAUCAAUGGAAGAAGUGUGGCAAAAGCAGAUGCGGUCCCUGCAGUCCAGCCUCUCCAUUGCCAAAAAGAGCCUCGCCAUUGAUGAUGCAGACCGGAGAUCUGAUGCAUCGGUCGAGCAGAGUUGGGAUAGCAGUGGAGGUAACCAAAACAACGGGAAUCACUCGGGAUUAAGAGGCCGAGAAGAGAAUGGCGGGCGAUCAAUGAGUGCUGGUCUGAGUGUUAUUAACCGCUUGGCGGAGGAGUUUGAGCAACGGAGCCAGGUCUUCGCUGAUGAUGCAAAGUUCUUAGUGGAAGUGAAAUCCGGGCAGGCCGAGGCAAGCUUGAAUCCCGAACGGGAACUCAGAAGGUUGAAACAACUGUUUGAUGUUUGGAAGAAGGAUUUCAGUGUCCGGCUACGUGAAACAAAGGUAGUCAUAAACAAGCUUGCGAGCGAGGAAGCCAAUCCAGAAAAAGUGAAGAAGAAAUGGUGGGGGAGGUUGAAUAGUUCAAAGAUUAUGUAAAUCAUUUCGGUAAUCAUACGAGUGUGUUUGUUUAAUUUCUGCAAUGCUUUGUUAGUAGUCCACUAAAUAGCGAAAAAGUGAAAAAAAAAAAAUUGAUUUCACUGCAGAUAAAUAUGCAGAUGAGAGUGUUCUACGAGGUUGUUAUUGUAAUUAUUUAGUUCUUUUGCUCAAAUGCUGAGGUUGUUAACUUCAUAUAUUUUGAUCCAGAGCCAAUAUUGUAUCAGAUUCUUGAAUGAUUCAUACAGGUGAAUUUGAAUGCAAACAUUCAUGUGUGUUUUA